AUGGUGAAACCGGGAAGCACGGACUGCCUCCAAUCAACUGUCCGCUCGGUCUAUGGGCGCCAGCUCGGAGAUGUCCUAGAAAAGGCGAAAAACGUGGUAUGGUUGGGAACGGAAAAGAGGGAUCAUGCCAGGCGAAUGACACAGCACAUGUACCAAUACAAGUGCGUCAAAUACGUCUACAUCCCGGCCGCCGCGGAGGAAGGAGCCAUUGAGAGAUACGAGGAAUUCGGCUGGACGGUCACGACGAGCAAAGCCAUGAAAGACGUCGAAAAACGCAUUCAAGCUCUGGAGGCUCGUCGUGACCGUCCAGCCGAAUUCCUCGUAUCUCUCAAUGGCUCCUUCCUCCGCGGCGGCCGGGAUGUAGACGUAUUUGACGCACUUGUAUUGGUACAUGUACUGUGUCAUCCGCUUGGCAUGAUCUUUCUUUUCAGUUCCCAUCCAUACUACGUUUUUCGCCCCCCCCCACCUGCGUCGCCGCUCUUCAACAGUGCGCGCAGCCGACACGUCCGAGGGACGGCGAGAACGAGGCCUCACCACUGCACACCACAUUUAGUGCGGCUGCGAGUAUUUCCCUUACGACGUCGUCAUUGUUCGCGAAGAUGUCAUCGACAUAGAGUGACGACGAUUUCGCUUACGACCAUAUCACGUUGAAUACACGCCAUCCCGUCCGAUCUGGCAAGUUAAGCAACGUUGAGUCCAGUUAGUACUUGGAUCGGAGACGGCCUGGGAAUCCUGGAUGUUGUAAGCUUUUGCCUUUUUCAUCUCAAUUUAUAAAUAAUAUUGUUCUUUCUGUCGUUUUCCACAUAUUCAGGUGUUAUCUUGGUCAUUGAGGCCUUUAUUCGUUCACUCAGGCCCUUAUUUAUCCAUUUAGGGCCUUAUUCGUUCACUCCGGCCCUUAUUUAUCCAUUUAGGGCCUUAUUCGUUCACUCCGGCCCUUAUUUAUCCAUUUAGGGCCUUAUCCGUUCACUCAGGCCCUUUUUUAUCCAUUUAGGGCCUUAUUCGUUCACUCCGGCCCUUAUUUAUCCACUUUCUAAUUUUGGAAAGUCUCCUUUAGGGGAGACAAAAAAAACUAAUACCUAAAGAAAUGGGAUGCGUAUUAAUGCAGUUAUGCUCAGCGCAAGAAAUGAUGACAAUUCAGCAGUUAGCUGAUUGUCAUCAUUUAGUCGUAUUUGAGUCAAAACGGCCUCUAUUAGAACGUAAUAUUUUGGCUCCCGCAUUUAGGCCUCAAUGGAUAAAUAAGGGCCUGAGUGAACGAAUAAGGCCCUAAAUGGAUAAAUAAGGGCCGGAGUGAACGAAUAAGGCCCUAAAUGGAUAAAAAAGGGCCUGAGUGAACGAAUAAGGCCCUAAAUGGAUAAAUAAGGGCCGGAGUGAACGAAUAAGGCCCUAAAUGGAUAAAUAAGGGCCGGAGUGAACGAAUAAGGCCCUAAAUGGAUAAAUAAGGGCCGGAGUGAACGAAUAAGGCCCUAAAUGGAUAAAUAAGGGCCUGAGUGAACGAAUAAGGCCCUAAAUGGAUAAAUAAGGGCCGGAGUGAACGAAUAAGGCCCUAAAUGGAUAAAUAAGGGCCUGAGUGAACGAAUAAGGCCCUAAAUGGAUAAAAAAGGGCCUGAGUGAACGGAUAAGGCCCUAAAUGGAUAAAUAAGGGCCGGAGUGAACGAAUAAGGCCCUAAAUGGAUAAAUAAGGGCCGGAGUGAACGAAUAAGGCCCUAAAUGGAUAAAUAAGGGCCUGAGUGAACGAAUAAGGCCCUAAAUGGAUAAAUAAGGGCCUGAGUGAACGAAUAAGGCCCUAAAUGGAUAAAUAAGGGCCUGAGUGAACGAAUAAGGCCCUAAAUGGAUAAAUAAAGGCCUGAGUGAACGAAUAAGGCCCUAAAUGGAUAAAUAAGGGCCGGAGUGAACGAAUAAGGCCCUAAAUGGAUAAAUAAGGGCCGGAGUGAACGAAUAAGGCCCUAAAUGGAUAAAUAAGGGCCUGAGUGAACGAAUAAAGGCCUCAAUGGAUAAAUAAGAUCCGGAGUGAACGAAUAAAGGCCCUAAAUGGAUAAAUAAAGGCCUGAGUGAACGAAUAAGGCCCUAAAUGGAUAAAUAAGGGCCGGAGUGAACGAAUAAGGCCCUAAAUGGAUAAAUAAGGGCCGGAGUGAACGAAUAAGGCCCUAAAUGGAUAAAUAAGGGCCGGAGUGAACGAAUAAGGCCCUAAAUGGAUAAAUAAGGGCCUGCGUGAACGAAUAAGGCCCUAAAUGGAUAAAUAAAGGCCUGAGUGAACGAAUAAGGCCCUAAAUGGAUAAAUAAGGGCCGGAGUGAACGAAUAAGGCCCUAAAUGGAUAAAUAAGGGCCGGAGUGAACGAAUAAGGCCCUAAAUGGAUAAAUAAGGGCCGGAGUGAACGAAUAAGGCCCUAAAUGGAUAAAUAAGGGCCUGAGUGAACGAAUAAAGGCCUCAAUGGAUAAAUAAGAUCCGGAGUGAACGAAUAAAGGAGUUGCCAAAGGCAUUCCCAACCCCAGUUUCUUUGUGAGUCGCGCGCAGAGGGUGCAAAGGCGCUCUACCGCACGCCACGUGUUUGAAAACACAGGCGUGACUGUUUGAGGUUUUAGAAGUUAGUUUUAAGUUAGACUCGGGUUAAUCGUCAACCGAUUGUACUUUUUAUCUGUUUUCUGUAUCUGAUUUCUUUUCUGGCUCGCAGAGCAAUAAAUUGUCCGUUAUCUGCUAUUUCCGUGCAUAUUGUUGCUUGUUUUCUUGCUUGGACCCGACACCCCUUUUCAUAAGUGGGCUACUUGGGGGCCGAACCGGUUUUUUUUUGAUUGUUUGCUCGUGUUUUUUCGUGCCAACGAGCAAUAGUUCGAAGAACAUUGCUCAGGCGAAGAGAUCAACGCGAAAAAUCGACAACCUCGUGCGAUCGAACGAUCCGCGAGAGCAACAGGAGACGGGCCCGAAGAGAUCAACGCGAAAAAUCGACAACCUCGUGCGAUCGAACGAUCCGCGAGAGCAGCAGGAAAACGCAAACUUUUGAACGAAAGUUUGCAGAGGAAAUGCCGAGCACGUACAACACGGAGCCGAGCGACCGGAUGGAAGUGGAGGAGGUGAAGCCGAAGGAUCCCGAGGAGGUGAAGCGAGUCGGCGAGGAAGAGAGCGAGAAGCGGUCAACGCCGACAGAGGAAGAGCUGCUGGGAUGGCCGGAGGUUAGCUUCAAAGAGAGAAGAAGCAGAACGAGGGGGUUUGAGCGAUUUGUGAGUACCGUGGAUUCGGUAGAAGCGGAAAUCAGGAAGAGACUGCGGGAUAUGACGGAGUGCACGGACCGACAGAGAGAUGUCAUCACGGCGCCAAUAAACGCGUUUGCCAAAGAGCUUCGGGAGAGAUUUGAAGAGAUCGGGAAGAAUAAGUGGCAGCGAGAAGUGAUGAGAGUGAUGGAGGCCGGCAAAAUCGAAACCAUAGAGCAGUUGAGAGAAGUGGUAGAGGACAGGAGUGACAGAGGGGGAAACGCUGAAAAUGCCAGGGAGCUGGAGAAACAGAGGAAAAAGAAUCGCGUUUUACAGGAUGUGGCGUCAGCGGAGGCGGAUCGAUUGCGCAAAGCGAUCGAAGUGCUGGAAGGCGAGAAGGAAGCCCUCGGGAAGAAGUUGGAGAGGAGCGAGAAGGCCUGGCGAGCAGAACAUCGGAUGGUGGAGCAGUGGAAGGGGCAAUGGCAGGAAAGCCAGGGUAAACUCAACGAACUGCAGAACAGGAGUCAUCAGAAUGUUCAGGGGCGCUCACCGAAGCAAGGUCAACGAUCCAGAUGCUCCGCGAGCUCAUCGACGUCCGGAAGCUGGAGAAGCCGACGAGGUACGGAGAGGAAGAGAGACAGAAGCGCGGACUGGCGCGAGAAGGUCGCGGGAUGGGAGUUCGCAGACGGGAAGGAGUGUCGGAGAAGGAGAUCGGGGUCCAGGGGUGAGGUGAGGGACAUGGUGAACUGUAUGAGUCGAGUGAUGAAGUCGUCGGCGCUACCGGAACCGAAGCCGUACGAUGGGUCCAGCGAUCUGGGAGAGUUCAAGCGAGCCUUUCUCCUCAAAUACCAUCAUGUGGUGGAGGAUGACGAAGAGCUGAUCACCAUCUUGGAGGACAGAUUCCUGAAGGGACCAGCGAAAUCACUGUUCAAGACGCUGCAAGGACGAUUCUGCCGACCGGUGAAAGAACUGUUCGAGGAGUUCGAGCGGAAGUUGAGGAAGCGGCGGGGGGACAGCAAGACGGAGGCACUCAACACGUUCGACGAUCUGAAGAAAGUGACGGGCCAAAAGAUGUGGGAGUUCUUGGUUGAGGUGGAAAGGUGGUCGAAGAGCGCAUACCCAGAGGUGACCGAGGAGACGCUGUCACAGAUGCGCACGACCAAGCUCAUGAAGGCAGCCAGGGAAGAUGAAACGCUACACAAGAUGCUCAUCAUGCGACGACUGGAAGUGCCGCUGAAGGAUCAAUACGACCUGCUGAAGGAUAUUGUACUGCAGCAAGAGAACGAGGCGCACGGGGACGGCGGACAGAGGAAAAACGGAGGGAAGCCGAAGAAGGAGACGCCGUGGAAAUCGAGAGGAGAGGCGAGACAGCGGAAUCCGGGAGAAGGACAGUCGAGUCAUCAAAUCCCGGGAAAGGAAACGGCAAAGCCGAGCGAGGGCGAGGCGAGGCAGAGGACGGACCCGAGAGAAAUGAAGUGUUUCCGGUGUGGCGGAGUAGGACACUUCAAAAGGGACUGUCUGACGAAACCUGUGCAGAACGUGGGGUUGGAGCGACACGGAGCGGUCGAGGAAGUAGUCGGGGAAGAGUCAGAAGAGACGAUGACAGUUUUGGGACAGAAGCGACGCAUUGUGAUCGACAGCGGGGCGGUGGUCUCAGUCAUAACUACGGGAGCGUGGGAAAGACUGAAGGGAGGUUGUGCCGACUGGGAGAAGAAGGUGAAGGUGUUGGCAAAACCGGUAUUCGCAGUAGUUGACGCGUCGAAGAAGGAGAUGCCUAUCCGGAACCAAGUGAAGCUGGCGGUGCAGAUUCGCGGAAGGACGGCGGAGGUGUUGUUCCAAUUGGUGGAAGGAGACGCGGAGAUGUUCCUGUUGGGCACGAAUGCGUUCAAGGACAUCGGGGUCGAACUGAAGUGGAAAGCGGAGAGAGCAGUUGCUAGAACGGUGAGGAAGCUGAGGAUUCCGCCGCAGAGCUGUUCGCAGAUCGGAGUCAGGGCUGAUGCAGAGUUAGGGACGCAGGUGCUGCUCGAAUCCAGUGAAGAGUGGUUGCCGACGAGCCUGUGCACGACGGACGAGGAAGGUGUGAUGACCGCGAUGGUGUCGAACUGGACGGACUCGCCGUUGCUCAUCAAGAAAGACCAGGUGAUUGGAGUCGUCACAAGAGACUGGCGAGAGUGUGGGACGGAGGAGAGAAAGGAGGUGAACAUGAUGGAGUUGGAGAGGACGCCGCCACUGACAGGAAAGCAGCGAAAAGAAGCAGUAACCCGGAUUCUGAGUGAAAAUGGGGCCAUUUCGAACGCGAAACUGCAGCGAGUGGUGGAGGAGUUCUCGGACGUCUUCGCGAUUGAAGAAAGCGAGUUGUCGCAGACGAAGAUGGGAGAGUGCGUCAUCGAACUGGAGAAGACGACGCCGGUCAGGCAAAAGUGUCGACCUGUUCCGUUGGCGUUGCACGACAGGGUCAGGGCGAUGCUGAGAGACAUGGAGAAGAGGGGAGUCAUCAGGAAAUGCACGUCGCCGUGGGCAAGUGCGGUGGUACUGGUGAAGAAAAAGGAUGGCAGCAUUCGGAUGUGUGUGGACUAUCGCAAACUGAACAGCAUGAUCCGGUUGGACGCUCAUCCGUUGCCGCACAUCGAGUCGACUCUCCAAGCAUUGGGUGAAAAUAAGAUUUUCACAACGCUCGACUUGUUGGCGGGGUACUGGCAAAUCCCGAUGGAGGAGAAGUCGAAGGAUAAGACCGCGUUCACAGUGUUGAACGAGCAGUACGAGUUCCAAGUGAUGCCGUUCGGAUUGGCGACCAGUCCGGCGAUCUUCCAGGCAAUGAUGGAGAAGGUCUUGGGGCAAUGGCUGGGAAAGUCGGUGUUUGUGUACAUCGACGACAUCCUCAUUGCUAGCGGGACGGAGGAAGAGCACACGGAAGACUUGGCGAAGGUAUUGAGGCGGCUGAGGGAGUGCGGACUGAAGCUGAAGGCACAGAAGUGCAAAAUCGGGCAGAAAUCCGUGGAAUACCUCGGGCACAUCGUCAAUGAGUCGGGAAUCAGCACGGAUGGGAAGAAAGUGGAGAAGAUGAAGAACUUUCCAGUGCCGACGGGGCGUGAGGAACUACACUCGUUCCUGGGAUUGUGUGCAUACUACCGAAAUUUUGUACAGAACUUUUCGGCGAUCGCAUCACCAUUGACCCCGCUCACGUCUCCAAAAGUGAGCUGGAGAUGGGGAGACGAGCAGCAAGAAGCGUUCGACGAGUUGAAGAGGAGAAUGACGAGUGCGCCGGUGCUAGCUCAACCAGACAUCGAAGCGGCGAGAAGCUUCGAACGGCCGUUCUGCAUUUUCACGGACGCGUCGGGGCGAGGAAUCGGUGCUGUUCUCGCGCAAGCAGGAAAAGAUGGGAUGGUGCACCCUAUUGCCUUCGCAUCGAAAGCAUUGACGCCGGCGGAGAAGAACUACCACGUCAGCGACAAGGAAGCGUUGGCGGUACUCUUCGCGACACGACGGUUCAAGCACUUCAUCUUCGGAUGUCCGACGACAGUGUACACCGAUCAUCAGCCGUUGACGAGUCUGUUCAAAGCGAAGAAUCUGGCGGACAGAUUGCUCCGGUGGUCAAUGGAAAUGCAAGAUUUCGCGCUGAACAUCGCCUAUCUGAAAGGGAAGGCGAAUGUGGUGGCGGACGCAUUGUCGCGAGGAGGGGCGCCAGAGACGGAGGAGAUGCGAGAAGUGCAAGAGCAGGCCAGGAUGGAGAUUGACCGGGUGAUCAACGUCGUGAGGGUAAUAAAGAAGGAAGAAAGAGAGCGGAACAGUUGGAGAGAAACCCUGGAGAGGGAGAAGGGAUGGAAGGAAAUCAUCGAGAAGCUGGAAAAUGGCGAGAGCGAUGGGAUAGUCGAGAUUCCGGGAGACGGGAAAAGGGACAUCAGGGAAUUCAUGAUAGUCGGUGGAGAGCUGAUGGCAACGACGAAAUACGGAGCGUGUAUGAGAGUAGUUCCGGAAGGGAAGCGGAAGGAGAUAUUCAUGGAAGCGCACGCGGGACCGUUCGGGGGACACUGGGGUCCAGAGAGAGUGAACGCUCUUAUGGGAAAGAAGUUCUGGUGGCCGAGGAUGAGGGCGUGGAUCGAGAAGUGGUCGAAGGAGUGUCAGCAGUGUUUGUGCGGGAACGCCAAACAAAUUCUGACGUCGCCGUUGACACCAAUUGAAGCGAGUGAGCCGUUGGAAGUGGUAGCGCUGGACUUGCUGGAUCUGGGAAGAAGUGGACGUGGGAAUCGGUAUGCACUGACAAUUAUCGAUCUGUUCAGUCGAUAUGCAGGCGCCAUAGCCAUACCGGACAAAACAGCAGAAACAGUGGCCAGAGCAUUCGCGGACAAUUGGAUGCUUCGAGAGGGGAGGAUCCCGAAGGCGGUGCUGACGGAUCAGGGCCUCGAGUUCGCGAAUGCGACGUUCGAAAAGCUCGCGAAACUGUCCAACGUCAAACUCAUCAGAACGAAGGGCUACCACUCACGAAUGAACGGGGCAGUGGAGAGGUUCAACAGAACAAUCCAGACCAUUCUGAAGAAGACGACAAUAAUCCCGACGGAGUGGGACGAGAAACUGCCGUACGCAGUGUUCGCGUACAACACAUGCAAGCACGAAGCGACAGGAGAGAGCCCACAUUAUCUGAUGUACGGAAGAGAUGCGCGGAUCCCCAUGAAAGUGGACUUGGAGGAACGGAUCGGGAAGUACCAGGUGGACGUGGACGACUACAAGCAGAGGCAUGUGGAGCAGAUGAACGAGACGCAGGAAGAGGCGAGGAAGCACGUCAAGAAGGAGCAGGAGCAGGCGAAGAGGUGGUUCGAUGGGAAGCACAAGGUCGACAAGAUCACAUACCCAGCGGUCGGCGACAGGGUACUUGUGCAAGUACCAGCGGAGAAGACAAGGGCGAGACAUCCGAAACUGACGAAUGAAUGGAGGGGACCGUAUCGGGUGUUGAAAGCUACCGGAAAUUCAGCAGAGGUCGCGCAGAUUCUGGGUGGUGAAGACAAAUUCUGGGUACCAUGGGAACAAGUUCGGGCAGUGCCAAGAGAAAUGUCUGACGAAGCAAUCGUCACAAAGGCAAAGCGGGGCAAGCGAGCGGCGCGUCAAGUAGCAGUGAACGCUGUGCAAAUGACUGAAAAGAACGAGGGUCAUGAUGAGGACAGAUAUUCUUACAGAGACUUGGCACUUAAAGGAUGCAGAUGUGACGGAGGACCGUGCGCGAUCGUGGAAAACAAUGUGUCGCACAAAUCCUUGGCAACACUGGCUGCGGGGUUCAUGCUGCGACAGUGGGAGAUCUCAGCCGACGAAGUGUGCAUGGCGGCGCAGUCGACACGGCUCCGAAGUCAACUGGGCAAGGACGAGAAGCAGGAGGCGCUGAGAAGAUUCGCGAGGAAGUGUCCGGAGGUGGCGGCAGCCAUUAUGGAGGGCACAAUGGGCGACGAGUGGAAGAAGGCGGCAGAAGAACUGAAGGAGGAAGUGGAACGACGGCUGCAACCGAAGAAGACGAGCAUUCGGUCGACAGCGGUCAUUCUGGGGCCACGGAUAAACUUCAACAAUUCGGUGUGCUACCAGCUGAAAUCGAACGCGGACGCCGGGUGGGCAGGCAAGUAUGAUUGGAAUAUGGUGCAGAGCGUGGUGGCACUGGUCCCGUGGACGAACAAUGAGGAAAAUCGGAGACGGGCGGCAAUGUUCGAAGCGAUCGCCAAGGACGUUAGGGAGGUCAUUCUCGUGCCGAGCCGACUCAGUUGCACGUAUGGAGAAGUCGGAGCAGUGACCGAGUGGUGGACUACGAGGCUGAAGACUAGCGCGAACGUCACGUUCGUCGAUCCGCUACUGCCAACGGGGCAGAUGCAGAUCCCGCUGGUGGCGGCGCUCCCCGAGAAGUUCGACUGUCCGGAGGCGUUAGCGGAAUUCCUCGGAGGACUACUUCCGAACAACUUGGCAGUCAGCAAGCUGAGGGAGAAUCGAAAGUCGGAGGUGGAUCUGAAGAGGGCGAGACGGGCCUGA